AUGGCGGACGCGACCCUACCCGAAGAUGUCAUGGUGCUUAUCCUCCGCUUGCUUCCCGUGAAAUCCUUAAUCCGAUUCACCUGCGUUUCCAAACGCUUCCAUUCCAUCAUUCUCUCCGACCCCAAAUUUGCCAAAUCCCAAUUUGAAACAGCUCGUGACCGCAAAACCCUCGAUCGCAGACUCCUCUACAACACAACCAUCCAUCCACUCAAUCGCCGAGUCCGCGACUCCACAAUUUCCACUCGCCUCGAAUCCCUGCUUUUGGAGACGACGUCGUUUGGAUACAGUUCCUCCGUUAGAAGGCUAAAGUAUCCUUUCCGGCCACCGGCCGGUAAUGACCUGCUACUGGGCUCCUCUAACGGUAUUGUUUUUCUCGCAUUUGAUAAGAAAGUAUUCUAUGCCUGGAACCCAUCCACUGGAUUCUAUAACGAAUUACCUGACCCAGGUGAUUUAUGUGAUCAACAAUAUUGUUUCCGUUCUGGUGUUGGCUAUUUGUCGGCCACCAACGAAUACAAAGUUUUUAUAGCCUCCGAUCAGACUCGGUACGGCAUUUUCUCGUCGAGAGCUCAAACAUGGAAACGACUUGAGGCGAUUCCGGAAUCAUGUCUUUAUUCUCCUCGGGGGACCCUUUUGAAUGAGGCACUUCAUUGGAUUGAUCACGACAACGGCCUCAUGGUUUUUGAUUUGGCACAGGAGAAGUUCAGAAAAAUGGCACUGCCUAAAUUCGAUGAACGCGGUUUAAAUCAGUGGGGAAAUUUAGGGGUUUCUGCUGAUGGUUGCCUGUCUUUUGCUUAUUCUACGAAAGCUGAUCGUGACUGUUUGUGUGUAUGGGUCAUGAAGGAAUAUGGUGUGCUUGACUCAUGGACUAAGCUCUUUAACUUGUUUUCAAAUCCGCCAGAGGGGCUUUGGGGUUACGGAAGUGUAUUGGUUUUGGAAACUAGUAUUGUUGCCCACAUAUACACUAUAACGAAGGUUGACGAUUGUAAUUAUGCCGACGUGAAAGGGUGGAUAAAGAUUCUUCACAAAGAAGAGGACAAGUGUGGCAUGUAUAUGGUUGAGGGCUUUGAUCUUAAGAUGAUUCAAUAUCAAGAGACUUUGCUUCGGUUAGAUGAUUAG